AUGGCUUCAGAUGCUGAAUCUGACUGGGAGGACUGGACGGACACGGAGCCUGAGUCUGAGCCGGAUCGCCCGAGGAUCGUUCGCCUCGCUCCAGAACGGGAUCCUCCAGGUCCCAACCAGGUCCUGGCUGGCAAGAAGUUUGCCGUUGUCGACGAGCUCUUUAGGCCGCACGACCUCUGGCUGGUGGAGAACAUCAUCACUAUACACGGCGGAGAAGUGGGGACCGACUGCAAAGGCGCAAACUUCAUCCUCGUACCAGCAUGCUGGCAGGCUGCGGACAUCGCCCUGUGGCGUAUGGUGGUCAAGCUCUGGAACAGUCUUCCCCUGGUCACCAGCCAGUGGGUAGAGAUUUGUCUCAUGAGCGCCUGCGUCUAUCCUGUCCCCGGAACUGUAGCGGCUCUCGCCUUUGUGCACCUCAAGGAAGAAGUCGAGGUUGCCAAGGCAGCCGUUCUCAAGCAGACGAGGAUCGCGGAGACUUCCAAUGCUUCGCCUGAGGCACUGAAACGGCGGGCAGAGGCUUUGAAGGAGUUGUUGCGGCAGGUGGAGGCUCGCAGGAGUGGCAUUUUGGGUGUCCCAAUUGCAGGUCAAGCUGGUAACACGCUUGCCGGGGGUGAGGACAGCAAAGCGGUGGCCGCUGUGUCACGCAUGCUCGACACGGAUAGACACGAGAGUAUCCCAGUGUCCUCUAUUGAGGAGAGUUUGGAAGAAGACUACAAGUUGCCUUCAAUCACAGCCGCCACUGUGCCCGCAACCCGCUUGAUCCCAAUUCCCUUAUCCAACUUGUUCGCGGUGCUGGACGUGGAGUCGCCGGCCAGGGACUCCCCCAGCCCUGUGUCUUCUGAGGCAACCCCCGAGGGUGUUAUCGCCGCUACUCUGCCAGAUUCUCCUUUGGACACCAAAGGGGAGACUGUAUCAGACGACCAGCAGACCUCAGAACUGGAAGACAGGCGUGAGGGUCGCUUGACCGGCUCCCCAACAACCCCCGCUCCAUCCACCGCCCCUUCCACAGCGCCUGAUUCGCCGACCUCAACUACUACAUUCACCACCAACGGUCUCCCGGUCACUCCACCAGCCUCUGACAUUCAAAUUGAAGAUGACACCCCACGGGCUCCAAAGGCGAGGAAAGCACGGUUCAGUCGCCCCGUCUCGUCACUGGGGCUCACGCUCGGUGAGCCGACGCCCAAUGUGGACGAGUCUGUCAAUUCACCGGUGGUCGUCACAGAGGAGGAGGAGGAGGACGUUUUCAAUGCCAGUCCAGCUGUCCCAGUCGCUCCUACCAAUGAUCCUGAGGGAGAGCCGCAUCCCAGGCCCCACGUCCCCUCAGAGAGCGUCAAGGCGCGCAUUCGCUCCCGCCGAAACGUCAACAAGAUGAAGAAGAAGAAGCGAAUGCAAGCGGCAAAGAUCAUUCGCGCGUUGGCACCUACACCAAGCGUCCAUAGCGAGGAGUCUGAGGACGAGAGUGAAAGCCAGGACGGCUGCGGCUGUGCGUCGCAAGUGGCCGGUAUCGUAAAGGACAUUUUUGGUCGGCUUCCGCCAAAGGCCGCCGAGGCUGUCAAUACGUGGUGUACCAACCCGGACGAGUUCCGGUCGGAUCCACGUGUCACUCGAGUGGAGCCUUCCAUGCGUAUCACCUGGGUCAAUUUGGCAUAUGCUUUGGCGUUCAUGGGCGAUGAGCCAAUCGACCGCACCAUCGUCGACGGAUUCGUUCACGGUCUUGGUCGAAUCGCCCAUCAACACCAGGUACUUGUAAUGCCCUCCAGUUACUGGGAGACCCUCAGGCAGAGGUGGCCUCAUAACGUUACCAAGGACGAGCAGGACGCGUUGCGUAUCGAGCUCGACUCGUGCAAGCGCGUGAUUGUGCCCAUCUAUCACGAAGGCUUCUGGUUUUUGGUGUGUAUAGACUACGAGUCGGGAUCCAUUAUCCUGUACGACCCCUCUGGUCUUGACAUGCGUGACAGUUUCGUAACUAAGAUGGCGGCGGGAGCCCUGGUUUCCUACUUUCAAGGCAGUGACAAGUGUCAGAGUGCCAUCCGCCUGGGCACUGACCCGACUUUCAUCAAGCACGCGGCACCCAUCCACCACCGGUUUUCCGGACUUUUCGUCGCCGCCGCUUGUGAAAUGCUGGCCUACUGGCGCGGCGCCACGACCCACCUUCUGGUUCACGCAAUCCGCGCUCUUGAUCGCCUCAUGGACAUUCCUCUGACGUCUCGUCAUAUCCGCCAGAGCAUCCGUUCAGGUCCACACCAUGACCCGCAGUGCGUACACGCCGUCCCUGUUCCACAUGAAACCAGCGAGGUUGCCAACCCCCAAGUGGACGCCACUCGAGGCAUGCUGGUCAACUGGAUUACGCGUAUCCUCUGGGGAUCAGCAACGGGACGGCCUUACAUUACUCCACAGGCAGCGUUUAUGCUGCAGCAUGUGUCCGGAACAGACACCGCUGAGGAUGGGCCAGGUUGA